AUGGCGGCCGGGGGACCGAUUUGUUACGCGCUGCUGUGUGGCCAGGCGGCGCUGCUGCUGGGCAACCUGCUCCUGCUGCAGGGGGUCUCCCGGACCCACCAGCACAACGCCACCGAGAGCCCCGCCGCCGGCGCCGCCGCGCACGAGGCAGAGGGGCAGCAGCGGCCGCCUCACGCAGCCACCGCCUCCGUCUGGGAAUACCAAGGCCCGUACGCGCCGCUGAUUCUCUGCGACCGCCUACCUGAAGAAUUCAUAGACUGUGAGGCUCCUGUGGACCAUAACGGAAAUAUAAGCGCACGGGACGAAUUAGGUUAUGGCUGUCUCAAGGUGGGCAAAAGAUCCUGUUGUCUUUUCCUUGGAUAA